CCCAGCACCGUACAGUACAUUUGAUCAGGAGGAAACGUCCAGUAACACUGAUUGAAAAAUGAGUGAAAUCCAAGAUAUUUCAUCUCCAGUUGGGGUUCCUGUUGAUGAAGAUCAAAGCAAUAAAACUAAAAUACUAUGUGAACGAUGUUCUUCAGUUAUAUUGCUUCCAAACAAAGCGAAACAUACCAAAAAAGAGUUUUACCUCCCACAUAUGAAAAAGAAGACAGACACUUCCAGUCCAGGAGACGGGGAAACAGUUGAAGACUUUUGGGUGGUUGAUGACAUGUUCACAUUCGAAAACGUCGGCUUCUCAAAUACAGUUGAUGGAAUAAAGUACCUCAUAUGUGCUGACUGUGAAAUAGGCCCUGUAGGAUUCCAUGAUACAAAUGACAAGAAGGCAUUCUUUAUAGCUCAUUGCAGGAUUAAAUAUGAUGGAUAAUGUUAAAGAUGUUUGAUUUGGAAAAAUUGGAAUAUUAGAACUACUAUCAUUUUCUUUUUUAAGUGGGUCCAAUAGUACUAGUUUUUUUUUCUUUCAGAAAAUUGUGCAAUAUUACAUAAUUAUGACAGACUUGUAAUAUCAAAACAGUGAUACGGCAAAAAAAUAUUUUCUUACUAUG